AUGGCAUUCGCUCCUCCGCUGAGACCUCCACUUUCAGGACGAACCCGAACGAGAGAAGGGGACUUCCGCUGCACACGUCAUGGAGACAAGGAAAUGCGCUACCGAAUGACACUAUCCGGAGCGCCUGAUUCCAAGAGUGCAUCCGUCCCGAAUGAUGAAAGCAAGGUGAAGGACGACACGCCGCCUUCCUACUGUCGUUGCUGCGCGUCAGAAAUGGUCGAGCGAACUCCCCCAGGCGAUGAACGGGUGAGGAGCGUUUGUCCGAAAUGCAAUCACAUUGCAUAUGAAAAUCCGAAGGUCGUUGUCGGUUGUGUCCCGAUCUCAAAAGAUAGACGUCGCGUUCUACUCGCAAGACGGGCAAUUCCUCCUGUGGGGAAGUGGACCUUCCCACAAGGGUUUCUUGAGAAUGGCGAGACGGCAGAGCGCGGGGCAGCGAGAGAAGCAUGGGAAGAGGCUCGCGCAGAGCUAGACAUGAAUCCAAUUACGUUGCUGGCAGUGUAUAACGUCCUGCCAGCACAACAGGUUCAACUUCUCUACAGGUGCACCCUCCUCAACGAAGACACUGUGGCAGCUGGUUCUGAGUCUCUGGUCGUUCGCAUGUUUGCAUGGGAAGACAUUCCUUGGGACGAACUUGCGUUCCCCACCAUCAAGUGGGCUCUUGAAUACUCAUACCAGCAUCGAAAUAACGAGAUUACACAACCACAGCUGAAAUUCCGCUAAAGCUGUGACACAAACGUUACCGGUAGUAUCAAUUUUGACACAUCUCUUCUUGUCUUUCAUGAUUUUGUACGUCGAAGUAGUAUGGACAGAGAAAAAAUGCAUAAAAGAAAAAGUUGCCAA